AAAAUAUAGAGAAGUUUCAUAACAUCAAGUGCCAACCCGUCUUUGUUUGUAAAGUCAAGUAGGGAGCCGGCUGGAUUUGGCCACCAUGGACAUUAGCCAAACCUGGAGUCAGGGGACACAAUUCCAGAGUUCAUUGUUCCUACCUGGGUGAUUUCCUUCAGAUGACAUCCCGUCAUGGAGAGACAGGUACGGCACAUUCCAGGGGGCCGACAGCUACAGCAGGGACAUGGUGACGCAGCUCCUGGAGGUGUCCAAGAAGAACGUUGGCAUGAACAAGACGAAGAUCCUCAGCGAGGUGAAGAACGUGGCCAGUUCUCUGCCCUUGGCACCUGGGUCGGCCCUUGGCACAGAGACCUGCUCAAGCCCCAGGGACCCUGAGGAGCUCUGCUCAGGAGAGGUAGAGGAGCUCACCAUCUCCAGCCCAGGAGGGCUCUACCAAGAAGUCAAGUUCAAGUUCAGCGAGGACCCAAAGCUCCCAGCUGGGGAUGAAGAGGAGUGUUCUCUGGAGGACACAGUGGUAGACGUCCGAGGCUCCCGUACUGUGGGCAUCCAGAUCACCAACAGGACAGGUGUGACGUUCAAGGAUCCCAUGCUCUGCUGUCGGAGUGGCCAGGCCCACGUGAGACCACCACCUGUGCUUCCCCCGAAGUCCACUGUCCACUGCUCCUUCACAAAGACAGCCUCCAGCUUCCAGGGCACGGCGGGCCUGCUGGCCUACCAGGGCCCAGACGAGCACCUGGCCCUGCUGUUCUCCGUCCCCUUCAGCUACACCCUCCAUCGCAUCCAGUUUGCCCUGGCCGUGCUCAGGGGGCCGCUGGCCCAGGACGGCCUGGAGCAGGUCUUUGAUGGCAUCUUGGAGAAGGAGGCCCCGGAUCCCAAGGUGGUGAAGUGCAUCCUGCAGACCCUCAGGGGGCCCUGGAGCUGAAGGAUGGCUCCCUGAGCAUCAGAGCCACCGUGUCCAAUGUUCAUGUGGCCAAAAUGGAUGUGGUGAUGGAGACCAAAGCCACCUAACUCUCCCUUGUCAUUUCACCUGGCUGCUGCAGCCCCCGUGGGCGGGUGACCCCAGGGAAGGAGGAAUGGGCCCCUGUCAUGGGCUAGAUCCUCGGGGCCAAUUCAGCUAUGAGGACACAGGUGCCUAAUAAAGCUUGCUG